AUCUUUCCUUCACUCAGCCACUAGCAAGCAACUACCAUCAGAACGCUUGCAAGGAAAGAUCUCGAUAAUCUCAGACUUUAGACUAAUUGCAUUCUGCGAACGAACAUAGAUUAGACUAUCGACCAACGCACUCAGAUCCACUUUAGUACACGCCCAAAGCAGUCAAGCUACUCUUCGAAGCAGCUUUUCAGCUCCUCUCUCUUUCUUUUACAGCAGCUACCCACAAUGGCUUACCAAAAGGUUGCAGCUUUCAUCGUUCUCGCCAUGGUCAUGAUCACUGAAGUGAGCGCACAAGGACCUCUUCCAGGACCUUUCCCAGGUCCUUCUUCAGUUCCAGUGGUCGCUCCCGCCGUAGCACCGGCUGCCGUCCCCGUCGUAGCACCCGUGGUCGCCCCAGUUGUUGCCCCAGUGGUUGCUCCAGUGACUGCCCCUGUGACCGCUCCCAUCGUUGCUCCCAUCGUUGCCCCCGUUUCUUCUCCCCCUGCCGUGACUCCAUCCACCGUUCCCGUGGUCGCACCAGCCCCUGCCUCGAAGCUUGCACCCUCUGUCUCCCCCAUCGCGAGCGCUCCGGGUCCCUCGGUGGCAGACAGCGCUGCACCAAGCAUUUCCGGAUGGAGGAUUCUUGCUCUUGCCUCAGGUUUGGUCGUGGCUGCCGCUUUCUAAGCUGGAUGGGGUACGUCGAGAGAACAAAUCAAAGUCUUGCAGCACUCAGGUAGCAUCGUGGAGCUAAGAUCGAAGGGUAAAAUAUACCUUCUGUCUUACAUUCGAGAGGAUACCAUAGCGAAGGAGCAAAGCAAAUUUUCUUGUAUACAACAUUGUGGAGGCCAAGUUCUGAAGUGGUUUACAUGAAUUAAAUUUGACUCUUAGUAUGGAGUUCGAAGAUUCUUUAGUCAGCAGGAGUUAAAGUCUCAGUAGGUCCUGCUGAAUAACAUCACUUAUUUGUUCGUUUGCAAGCUGAACUCGCAGAGUAUCAGGAAAAGAAAAUACAGAACUUGCAACCUACAGCAUCAAUCAAUCAGAUGCAAUAAAUUCAUAGAUAGAACUUAAGCGGAUCACAUUGACCUCGCAGUCUCUUACUCAUUGCCUCGUACGAGGUCUAUCAGUAAUGUGGACAAGAACUACAGAGAAUCACAAUAGCUUUCAGGUGCUUUUUAACCCGGUCUCGAAUUUGACCGAGGUACUCAAUACUUGUGAAAACGUCCCAAUUUCAAUACCAAGUACAUAUUACGUUGGUUCAUCUUA